AUGCCAAAUAAAAACACGGUUGCGUCUCUAAAGGCCAGAGUAGCCAAACUUGAGGCAGAACUAGCUAAGAAUCGUUCUGCUCGACCGAAAAUCAACCAAAUGUCUAGUGAAGUUGUUAGUUCAAACCCUUACAGUCGUCUUAUGGCCCUACAGAAGAUGGGUAUUGUUGAGAAUUAUGCACAAAUUCGAAGUAAGUGCGUUGCUAUUGUUGGUGUUGGUGGCGUCGGUUCCGUCGCAGCUGAAAUGCUUGUUCGUUGCGGGGUCGGGAGACUUAUUCUCUUCGAUUAUGACAAAGUUGAACUUGCAAACAUGAACAGACUUUUCUUUCAGCCAUAUCAAGCUGGCUUAAGCAAAGUUGAGGCUGCUGCUGAAACGCUCCAAACAAUAAAUCCAGAUGUUUCUAUCGAGCCACAUAACUACGAUAUUACUCUCGUUGAUAACUUUGAUUCCUUCCUCUCUACCCUCAAAGGAGAUACAAAUAGUAAGUCUGUCGAUCUCGUGCUCUCCUGCGUGGAUAACUUCGAAGCUCGGAUGACCAUUAAUAGGGCUUGUAACGAACUAAAUCAAGUGUGGUUUGAGGCUGGUGUCAGUGAAGACGCAUUGAGCUGUCAUUUUCAGCUCAUGUAUCCUGGACGAACUCCGUGCUUCGAAUGUUUGCCGCCGCUGAUUGUAGCUCAGGGUUUGAAUGAUACAAAGGCGCUUAAACGUGAAGGAGUUUGUGCUGCUUCCUUGCCUACCACGAUGGCUAUUGUAGCUGGUCUGAUGGUUCAAAAUGUUCUCAAAUUUCUGCUGAAUUUUGGCGAGGUGUCUGGCUAUUUUGGUUACGGUGCAGCAAAGGACACAGUGUAUCGCGUGAGUCUGCGUCCGAAUCCUACAUGUGCCGAUUCAUGGUGUCGGAAGCGUCAAGAGGAGCGCAGAGCCCAGUUGGUUGCUCGUGGACUUCCCGAAGAUGCUCCAUGGGACGCUGAGGCUCAAAUGGUCGCUGCUGCAGAACGUGAGCGUCUGGCCCGUGAAUCUGCCAAUAAGCCUCUUCAUGCAGACAACGAAUUCUGCAUUCAAGUGGUCGGCUCUUCUGAUGGCAUUGUCGCUCCUACUGCUGUAGAGCAAACCUUAUCCUGCGCUGCUGCUAUCAAUGUAGCAGAUGGUGAACAGGAGACUGACUCUGCCACCAAUAACGAUGAUGGUCCCAGUUUAGAUGAACUGAUGAAACAGUUGAAGAGCCUCUAA